UAAACAUGGACGGCCAUACACGAUCACCCACAGAUUUCUUAAAUUCAGUAUUAGGACAAAAUGUCACAGUCAAACUAAACUCUGGUAUUGAUUACAAAGGUGUAUUAGCUUGUUUGGAUGGUUAUAUGAAUAUCGCUUUGGAAAAUACAGAAGAAUAUGUAGAUGGCAAAUUAAAAAACAAGUAUGGAGAUACUUUUGUUCGUGGAAACAAUGUAUUAUAUAUUAGUGCCGACAAGUCAGAAUGAUGAUUUACUUUACAAGAAUAUAAUGACGAUGCGCUUUGUAGUAAUAAAGAAAAAAAAAAAGAAUACCUUUUAUUAUCAUGUCUUUUCUUUUUUUUUUUUUUUUUUU